AUGGACUCCCCAUCGUCCGUCUACUCGGAGACUUCGCCACCAUCCCCUAUUCCCGUCCUCGCCCUUCAGCCGCCGCUCUUCUCUUCGGCCAACUACUCCUCUGAACUACCCGGCAUGAUGAGCAAGCGCUCGUUCGGAGACGUCUGGGCCGACACUGGAUUCAAGCCCUGGACUGCACCGAAGAAGGUCCUCAAGAGCAUGGUCACCGACGACGAGUUCAUCAUCGGCUCGCCUCAAGACAGCUUGCUCUGUCGUCGUCGUAUCUGGAGUCGCAAGGCUGCUCGAGGCCUCCUCAAUCCUGGUAAUUGGCAGGGCAGUGUCGACAACCAGAUUCGCUACAAUGCGAAGAUGGAGAUCAACAAGGAGUGGCGUGAGGCGCAUGGCGACCCUCUCCACCGUCCAGAGAUGUUCAGGAGCAUCGACUGGAAUGCGCCUGCCACUUUCCGCCAGGCCCCUGUCAGUCCUCGCACGGUUCCUGUCUCUCCCUCGACCAUCGCCCACGACACCACCGCCCGCAGCACAGCUUACUGGUCUGUCCGCGAUGGUGGUCCAGAUGAGCAGAUCACGGCGACUUUCCGUCCCACUGCAGAUCCCUCGACUGCUUCGAGUACCCCAUCGCCACCAGACUCGCAUCUGACAAGCCGCCGCAGCAUGUCUGCCAUCGAGACCUCCUCACAGGCUUCAAGUAAGUCCCUAGCCCCUGCACCUAUCCCCAUAGCUGGUCCGACAGUGAGCAUCUACUCGCUCGCUCGGUUCGUUGACGCAGAAGCCCCUGGCUUUUUCGGACUAAUAAGCAGCACCACUUCCCAGUCCCCCUCGAGCCCCGACUUUCAGAUUGAAGACGCUGUCAUCGGGCAAGCUACUCUGGCCAUGCCAAUCGCUAUCCCUCCUCGCGGUCCCUCGCUCCUGAACCUCCGUGUUUUGGAAGCAGGUAUUGCAAGCAGAGCCCGUCGACCGAUUUUGCUUGACUCUGACAGUACCGACAGUGAUUCCUCGUCAUCCUCCACGCACCACACCAAUUUGAUGCCCGCGACCUUGGAACUUGGCGUUGCAACUGCUGUGCGCAUGGUCCGCCCGGCUCCUGUACGACUCGUUGUCGUCCGAGCUGGAAGUGUUCCCACGAACCAGGCUGAUUUCGCUGCACUCGAGACUGCCUCUGCUCUAGACUCGCAAGAUGAAGGCGGCUGCUCUCCUCGAUCAAACCUCUGGUCGAAGCUCAAGCGUAAGUUUCACCGCGGUUAA